AUGUCUGGGAACAGUGAUGAAGCAUUCCAUCGUACUGGAUCAUUUCGUCGUGUCUUACCUCCAGGGAAUGAUACUACCGGUAUAAGUGGUAUAGCAGUCAAAUCUACCAAUACCAAUAACUCCUAUAUAAAUGCAAAUUAUAUUCCUUUUUUUCUUGAGUAUACCCUCAUGUCUGAAUUUAAUAUUUUGAGCAAAAAAUUAAUACCAGGAGUAUAUGUUAUACCAGCUGAUAAAACUCCAUUCAUAUGGUUCGGAGUAAUUUUCCCGAGGUACGGGCUUUAUAAAAAUGGAGUUUUUCGUUUUCGUUUACUUAUAGAUAGUAAAUGGCCAAAUUGUGAUUGUCCCAAAGUGAUAUUUGAGACACCUCUAUUUCAUCCAUUGGUCAAUCCAGUCACUGGGGAAAUGAAUGUUCAAUAUCAUUUUCCAGAAUGGAAAAAAGGAGUUAGUCGUAUUUGGCAUGUAAUAGAUCAUGUAUCAAAAUCAUUUUAUGAUAUACCUAGAACUAAAACUCCUGAAAAUUCAGAAGCUGCUGAAUUAUUAAAGACAGAUAAUGAGAAGUAUAUGAAAAAAUGUGAGGACUGUGUAGGACAAAGUCAAGUUGAUAUAUAUAAGCAGCCAAAACAUUCAGAGAAUAAUGAUCCAAACUAUUUGCUAUUCGAUAUUUAUGACGAAGAAAUUCAUGGAACAAUACGACGUUCAUGGCUUCAACAAAAAGAAAAUGACAACAAGUCUCAACAUUUAUCUUGGGUACAACCUGGAUCUUUAGAACCAUUUUCUCGGCCAAAUACGUAA